CCUGAAGUCAUGGCCCUGGGUCUGCUGUGGCUGAGCCUUGCCAUCCUUGUGGUCCUGCAGACCCAGGCCCGAGACUCUACCCCAGAUCUGAUCCCAGCCCCACCUCUGCUCAGAGUCCCUGUGUAUCCUGACUUCCGGAAUGAGCAGUUCCAGGGGAAAUGGUACAUCAUAGGAUAUGCAGGGAACGGUUUUAAAAAAGAAAAACAUAGCAAGUUGAAGAGGUAUACCGUCACCUACGAGCUGAACAAUGACGACAGCUACAACGUCACCUCUAUCGCGCCCAGGGACCAGCGCUGUGAAAACUGGACCAAAAUUAGUACCCAAAACUUUCGUCUAAGCCAAUUCAACCUGCACAACAUUGAGGGUAAUACUGGAAUGUCGAGUUACACUGCACGAGUGGUGACCACAGACUACGAUCAGUUUGCCAUACUGCACUUCAGGAAAGUUUACAACAACCAGGAGUACAUCAAGGUCAACCUUUAUGGUAGGACCAAGGAGCUGCCUACUGUGCUGAGGAAAAUCUUCAUCAACUUCGCCAAAUCCCUGGGCCUCACCGAUGACAACAUCUUCUUCACUAGGCCCACCGAUGAGUGCAAGCAGAGGUGAGCAAGCAUGAGACCUCUCCAGAGAGCACCGCCCAGCUGUCCCCACCAGCCUGGACACCACUGAGAGAGCCAAGAGACCCUUCUCACUGCACAGCCCACCAGCUGCUCCCCAGGCUGCCUUGCUCGUGAACUCCUCCUUGCUUGCUAAAUAAACACAUGUCCCCUA